AUGGAAGCACAAGGGAGAUGGCGAACGCAGGGAGCUCGGUGGACUGAACAGCGCGAUAGAGAUGGUGCUCUUGGUGAACUCAGUGUCCUAAACGGCAUGACAGAGAUGGUGAUCUCGGCUAGUUCGGUGGACGGCGAGAGGGAGAUGUGCUUCAUCGAUGUGAGGGAGAGGGUUUUCUGA